GCGGGCGGCGCGCGGGGAGUGAGUGAAGCGAAGAAAGUGGGCCGUAUUCCGUCUCCUUUUGCAGCCGAAAAAAUGAGCGCGCAGACGACGGAGGCCUUCCGCAAGGCCGUCAUGAUGAUGCGGCUGCUCAAGAGCUCCACAGUCGUUGUGGGGUUGUCAGGGAGCAGCGACAGCGUGGCUCUGGCCUAUCUCGCCAAGCAGACCUUCGCUAAAGUCCUUGCCAUGACAGUCAACCUCAAGUAAGCUGCAGGUGUCCUUAUUAGAGAGGUGUCCUCAUGGCUUAGAGAUAGUGCCUACAUCAUAACC